UCGCGAGACAGCCAUGUGACCUACUUUUCCAUGAAAUUUUCGCCAUGAUGGCGCCAAAUGAGUGCUAUCGAAAAUUUCCCCUGAUACCAAAUUUUGGAAAUGAUUGAACGAUCGAAACGCAAUUAUGUUGAAAGAAGAAAGUUUGUAGAUUAAUUAUAACGUAUGGUCAAGGAGAGAUAGCCCAGGCUUUUACACCUUCACCAUCAGACUGCUGCCAUUGAAGCUCCAGACAUCGCUACAACUAUGAUGUCAGCUACCAAAACCAAGAAGAGCAAGGAUGUUGCCAGGGAAACAAGUCCAGACUCUGGUGCUUAUACGUCCCACAAGUCUAAGAGGAGGAGACUUAGUACUGAUGAUGAGGAAGACUCUGGAUCUCCCAAAAGACCAACUAAUCACCCCACCAGCAAGCUGGGUCACAAUGGCCUGCGUAGUCCCACUUUCACACCACACAACAAGCCAGCCGAGCUUUUCCGGAAAGACCUGAUUAGUGCAAUGAAGUUGGCAGACUCGGAGCCAUUGCAACAGGACUACAUCUUCAUCUCGGACCCCUGGAGACAGGAGUGGGAGAAGGGGGUGCAGGUGCCUGUCAACCCCGGGGAAAUACCUGAUAUCAGCAUUAAGACCUUGUAUGAGAAGCCGAUAACAGGGGACUUCAAAAUACCUCGGAAAUACCUCCAUGCCACACAGGAUGAGACUUUUCGCCAGGGUAUUCACGAGUUGACGGGCAUGCAACAGUUGUCAGAGCAGGUGGUGCGGUACGACCUUGACGACCUGGACGUGUCCUGGCUUGAGCUGGCCAACGAGGAGCGAGAAGAAAUGGGGCUGCUUCCUGUUCAUGAGUGGACAAUGGAAAGAGUCAUAGAAGCUUUUGAAUCUCAGUGCCAUGAGAAGAUCAAGGAGAUCAUGAAGACGGAGGAAGGGCUUGGCAUCGAGUAUGAUGAGGAUAUUGUGUGUGAAGUGUGUCGAUCGCCUGACAGUGAGGAGACCAAUGAGAUGGUUUUCUGUGAUGGCUGUGAUAUUUGUGUUCAUCAGGCGUGCUAUGGCAUACAGAACAUCCCAGAAGGUCGUUGGCUGUGUCGGACAUGUUCCCUCGGCAUCAAACCCACCUGCAUCCUGUGUCCCAAGACUGGAGGAGCUAUGAAGAGCACAAAGAGUGGUACUAAGUGGGCCCACGUGAGUUGUGCCCUGUGGAUCCCAGAGGUCAGCAUCGGCUGUGUAGAAAAGAUGGAACCAAUCACAAAGAUCUCAAAUAUUCCAGCAAGUCGGUGGGCAUUAGUCUGCUGUGUGUGUAAAGACAGAGUGGGCGCCUGUAUCCAGUGUUCAGUCAAGACCUGCAAGACGGCCUUCCAUGUAACCUGUGCCAUAUUCAACGGGCUGGAGAUGAAGACGAUCCUAGAUGAGAGUGACGAACAGGAUGGAGUCAAGCUUAAGGCAUUCUGUCCUCGUCAUAGCAAGAAACGAGAACGGAGUCAGUCUGAUUCGGAACCAGAUUCUCCGCGGAAAGAUGCUCCUUUGACACCGAGGAAAGAUCUCAGCAAGGAAGAAGUGGCCAACCUGAGAGCUAAAAAGAUGUCUGAGCUCCAGAACAGCUUCUACAAUGUUGUUGACACCCACAGCAUCGCUGUGCACCUGUCUGUGGAGGAUGAGGUGGUCGAGAUGAUGGAGGUGUACUGGAAACUCAAGAGAAAGAGUAACUUCGACAAGCCGCUGUUGAUGCCAAAGACGGAGGAGGCUGACAUGUUGGAGAAGCAGCAGGAGGACUCGCUGGUGGCUCGCAUGAAGAUGUUCGUGCAUCUCCGACAAGACCUGGAGAGGGUGCGCAACUUGUGCUACAUGAUAAGUCGUCGUGAGAAGACCAAGCGCCAGUACUACAAGGCAAGGGAAAGUACUUUCCUGGCUACUGUGCACACACUGACUGAAGAGAAACUUAACCUUUCUGCCAGGGAAGCUGAGAAAAUAGCAAAGAAGUACACCCAAAACUGUCUGUAUGAAGGCUAUGCGUCCACAGAUAAGCCAAGGGUAGUGAGCCAGCUGUUUCAUGACCAUAGUAUAUUGUCACCGCCUUGGCUAGGCGAGGACAGUGAAAGUUUAGACAGUGACAGCAGGGAUGCUGGGGGAUCAUUUCGAGGGAGGUUGUCCUCCAAGGGCAGCCUUUCUGGCCGGAGUGAGAAGGACAAAAGUGAAAAGGACUCUGGAAAAGAUUGGCCUGACAAGCCAGGUAUCAGGGAAUUAUCGGACAAGCACAGCGGUAAGGACGGGACUGAAAGAGAUCACAGUGAACAACGUGGGAAAGAGAGAACGGAAAGGCGUAGUGGGAAAGAUUAUGGUGAGAGAGUUAGUGGGAAAGAAAAGUCAAGGCAGCCAGCGAAAGAGGAUGUCCUUAUGAAAAGUAUUGUAAAUAAAGACAGUCCAAAGAUCCAGUCUGAAAAGUCAGGGAAAGAGAAAGUGGAGAGUGUUAAAGUUCAUUCAGAAAAGUUGGGCAAAGAGAAAGAUAGUUUAAAAGUUUAUUCUGAAAAGUCAGGGAAAGAGAAAGAUAGUUUAAAAGUUUAUUCUGAAAAGUCAGGGAAAGAGAAAGAUAGUUUAAAAGCUUAUUCUGAAAAGUCAGGGAAAGAGAAAGAUAGUUUAAAAGCUUAUUCUGAAAAGUCAGGGAAAGAGAAAGUGGAGAGUGUAAAAGUUCAUUCAGAAAAGUCUGGGAAAGAGAAAGAUAGUUUGAAAGUGUAUUCAGAAAAGUCAGGGAAAGAAAGUUUAAAAGUUCAGUCUGAAAAGUCAGGGAAAGAAAGUUUAAAAGUUCAGUCCGAAAAGUCAGGGAAAGAAAGUUUAAAAGUUCAGUCUGAAAAGUCAGGGAAAGAGAAAGCAGAGGGUGAAAAGAUUUAUUCUGAAAAGUCAGGGAAAGAGAAAAUGGAUAAUCAUAAGGGUCAUUCUGAAAAGUUUGGGAAAGAGAAAGUGGAGAGAAGGGACCAGGAGGAGAAGGUUUCCAGGAGGGAAAAAUAUGAUCGACAAGGAGGGAAAGAUGGUGAGAAAUCAAGAGAAAGACAUUUUCGACAAGAAGGCAGUGACUCAGGGGAAAAGUUGGAGAAAGACUGUCAUGUUUGGAAGGACACGAGUGAGAAAUUGUUACGGUGGGAGAAACCAGAAAGAAGAGCAGUUCGGGAACCUGCAGGUGACAGUGUGAAAAUCAAGGCUGAUUCAGACAGUUUUGAAAUGGAAGUACCUUGUGAAAAGAGUAAGUCUGAUGAUACAACUGUGAAAAUGGUCCGAGAUAAGAGUGAAAGAACUCGAGGUAAGGGUAAGGAGAAGGUGGAACCUCUGUCAGAGAGUGAGAUGGUUGAUGUUGUUGCCGUCGACCCACCUGUUGUAAGUGCCAGUUUCCAUCCUAACAUUGAAACACGGGUUGAAGUCAAGCCAAAAGUAGAAACUUCUGUGUUUGAUUCCGAACGUCCACGACGGUCACAGCGGGAGAAUAGGCAUCAGAUUGAAAUGCCCAAAGUGGAUGUGUCGCCGUCACGAUUGUCCAUACCAGAUGCUAUCUUAGUGGAAGAAGCCCCACAACCUAAACGGGAAUCGAGGAAGGAGAAACAUCGACGACGUGGUCACAAACAUAGGCGGGGUGAACAUCGAUCCCCUGACAAAAGAAAAGAUGUGACUUUAUCUCUGACUCGAGACCGUAAAAAGACUGAAUGCAUAAAACCUGAAGUUAACGGUGUCCUAAGGAAGUCAAGCAAGUAUAUUGUAGAUGUGUCGGUCAAGGAGAGAGUACAGAAUAAACUGCUCAAGUCGAGAAAAUUACGUUAUAUGAAUGGUGUUGAGGACAAGUCGCUGCAGAAACUUGAUAAAUAUUUUCAAAUAAAGUCGGAAAGUGAAUCUGGUAAUACCAAAUCUUCACUGUCCUUACGUGCGGGUAAUCGUAUUCUUAAUGAGAUAUCCCCUGACAAAGGGAAAGUCCCAUUUGAAAACAAUUUGUUUGGUGCGCAUUAUACCCCUAGGGGAAGCCUCAGUGGGUACAAGAUACCCAAGAAGGGAGACAGUGCUGAACACACACCCCAGAAAACCCAAAGUCCAUGUGAGAAGAGUGAGGAGCAGUUGGAGGAUUCUAAAUCAGGGGAGAUGAGAAGCUCACGCAAGAAAGAUACUGGGUUCGGUGGCGGUGUAAAGAGAGACAUUUUUGCCACAGGAUUUGAUGCAUUGAGUACAGAUUCUGAGUUUACCAAAGACAUGGAACUAGUUUCGGAUUGUCGGGGGUACCGGUCUCACUCCCCGUUGUCUAGCGAGGGGACCGAUGUAUCGGAGCCUGGGCGUCGUCCAGACUCCAGGGAGAGCACGCCAAGACGGGUGACGCGCAGCCAACUUGUAGAUGUUGAUGAAAAUUCAGUAGAUAGUGUUCAUUCUCCAAGAAGCAAUAUGAAAAUCCGGUUACGUGAAGGAUGGCUUCGGCCUUCGAACUUUGCCUCAUGACAGUAAGGAGUACAAUUAUUGCAUUUGUCCAAGGCAAGAGGCAACUUGUGUAUGCAGUGUCGGUCAAAAGUGCUAUUAUGAAAAACUGGUCUUGAGCAGUGUUAUUUAUAUUGCAAAGUUAGUAUGCCCCCAGCUCUGUCCACCAGUUUUGUUGGCCUUGAUGUGGCAAUGGAGUUUAUGUACAGUUCAUUCAUUUUGACAAACACAGUUUAUUUAAAUCGUGUAUACUGAACAAAAUAGGAUAGGGAUCAGGAAUAUUUUUGGGAAUAUUCGUUUUGAUGUGAAGACUGAAAACACAAUUUCUUAAAAAUAUGCCCAAAAAUAUUCAUGAUCCCUGACUAUUUUUGCUCAGUAUAUAAAGGAUGCCAAAAAACGCAACACUUGCUUAGGAUCACAUGAGUGAAGAUGACCAUUUUGGUCCUCAGCAAAUGUUGAGUAGUACAAGUCUCGUGUACAUGGUAUACAACUUGUGUGCAGGUUGAUCAAGUGACACCAUCUACACUGAAGGACUUACCUUUGUAGAAAUGCAAGGGCUAGCCGAACUGUUCUUAGUGACAUGUUUAAUGAACAUAAAAUGUAUUAUGUUUUUUGUAAAAUAUCUGGUAGCAAUGCAGGUUAGACCUGACUCCUUCAAGCUGUAUUUUGAAUUCGUAAGUGGUAUUUACCAAUAAAUCCAUGUCCUUCAAGAAAUCAGUGGUCUUGGUACUGUUGUUUUUUUUCCAACACAAGGUAUAUGUUUCUGCUUCAGUAAUCCCUGGUAAUCUUACUUGUCAAAGCCUUGUUUGUCAUGUGAUGUUAGUCAUUUUGAGAGCAUCAUCCAACACACUAGAGGUAUAUUGUACACAAAAUUGUUUCACUGUUCCCGCUGUACAUAGGACCCACCAGCCAGAACAUGCACAAAGCUCCCUAGGCGUGUAACAGAGCAAUCCAUUCCUAUAGAGGGGUUGGGGGCCAUCAAGCUUCCUCGUCCUUUAAUAGAGCAGUCCAUUUCUGUAGAGAGGGAAGCCCCAGUUCAUGGUCAUAUGUUAGAGGGAACAUGAAAAGUUUGGUGUAGAUUUUAGAGAGGACUUGUAAGCUGAACUGUUCAGAAAAUUGACAGAAAUUGUAAGGUUUGCACAGGCUUGAAAAGAAAUGUAAAUUGGAUUUUACCUUGAACAGGCUUUUGAGAUGGGUAAUGUGCCUAUAUAAGGCCUUGAAUUUUCAUAACCAAUCCCAAACUCAUUAUUUGAUGAUAAAGGUCUCUUCAUGGUUUGAAAAAAUCAAAACAGUUGAAAUUUGUUUAAAACUUUGUAUUUUGUCUGUUUAUUGUUGGUCACCAUGAAGUACUUGUCCUUCAAGUGAUUGUAUCUUCAAUAGAGUUGAACAUGCCUUUAAACCGAUGUUGGGUCUGAAACAAACCAUGGUUUCAUAUGGUGGGAUGGUGGUGGCAAGGUGACAUGAUUCUUACCAGGCAGAUUUUGAAGAAACCUGGCCUACAUGGCCUCUUUUUGAGGUAGAAAGCCUUGCAUGGACCUUGAGUUUUGUGACUGAAAUUCUGAAGGACCCUGUUUAGGCUUUGGACUGAUAGAUAAAUUGUCCGACUGUAGCUUGGGCCAGUUGUUUCAUACAGUCCGCAUGGCCAGGCCUGCUGAGUUAGGACCAGCUUCUGGUGCCUCUACUUGCUUGGAGGGUGGUUUAUGAGUAGAUCUGGGUAAAAGAUUAGCACUUUUUGACAGGAGUUACCUCUGCUUUAGAAUCUCAGCCCAGAUUAUCCGGUGGUUAUAUUUCCAUUGUCUACUACCCAAAAGAAGUUAAGCAGACCAUAUUCUUUCAUCUUACUUUAGUUAUUCUGUCAUAGCUUGACCGAUUAAAAUGAUAUGCCAGAAUCAGGUAUUGAAUAUUUAGCUUCUUUCGAGUUGUACAUUAAGAAAAAAACAUGACAAGUUUGCUUCCAAAGAAUAUUUUGAAAGUCUGAUUUGAAUGACAAGAUGCUUGCCAUCCAGUUUAAUUACACUACAGUGUAAUGUAUUGAAAAAAUUCUGUGGGAAGUUCCUGAUAAGAGCAAGACAUUUUGACAUAUAUGUUCACAAAACUAUGUUUGAAUGGGUCCAUUGUAUUUACUUUACAGCAGUGAUUUAAUUCACAUGGAGUCAAGAAACUUCUAUCUUAUACAGAGGUGGAUAGCAUGAGCUAAGGUUUCCAGAUAUGCAGCGACAAUGGGCAUUUGUUUAAACAGUGUUAAGUGCAAGAUGAUCGUUGAAAAUGUUUAGGUUACCAAGCUUUCUUGUGUGCAUGGCUGAGAUGCAGUACUUGAACGUAUUUUCUCCAAACAAGUCCAGUAAAUAGUGUUGCUCCUGUCUCUUGUCGACAGCCCAGUGAUUUAUUUUUAUCGCCCCAGGCCUUGUGUGAAACAGUUUUAUUUUGAUAGAUUUUAAACUCUGAGAAUCCAUCAUCUAUGUCACUGAUUUAAUCUGGUUUUGACAAUUUUUUAAGAUGUCAAGUUUUUGUGUAGACAUAUUAAAUUAGGUGGAAAACUCUGUUUUAUAUAAACUGGACAAUGAAUACGGGUAAGAGUAAAACUAGAGAGAGAAGGGGAAGGGAUAAGGAAUGAGUAUUAUAGUUUGGUGAUAUUAAAAUGGUACUUUUUCCUUUCAUUUUAAGGAUGCAAAUGCAUUACUUUGGUAAACCAGAUACUCAGGUUGUUUAGGGGUAUGUUGAAGGCCAAUGUUUUUGCUGGCAACGAAUGUCUUGAGGACAUUUUCAAUUUUUAGCAAAUUUAGAAAGGACAUUCUUCUAUAUCAUGACUGAGAUUAAAAAUAUAAUAUGGGAGUUUUUAAUGACAAUCUGUCAAUGUCCCGGAAAAUGAACCAAUCCGAGACCCUGAAGGCUAGUCUGAGAGCAUGUUAAGUUAGAUAUUUAUUGUAUUGGUUAGUGAGAUUUUUAUUUACUUUUUAAUUUAUUUAAUAUUGAACAAGGGCAUUAAUACUUUCUUAUAAUAUUUGAAAGCCAUUUUAAGGAAUAUUUUUACCUCCUAAAUAUGGAAGAGAAAGAUGUGUUAUUUCUAGUUUUACACUUUGACAGCAUCACACAAUGUUUGGGGUUUGUGAAGUCCACUGUUGCAUUUGAACUUGUAGGUUAGGUUAGGCCACACAUUUUUAUAUUUUCUCCCGCAAGUAAUAUAGACUUAUGCAAUAUAUCAAGAUAUAUUUAAUUAAAUGUCCUUAUGACUAUCAAUGAUUCAAGAGGCCAGCUGCAGUUUUAGAAUGACUUUCAUAUAUAUAAAUAAAUAAAUAAAUAAAUGAUUGACACAGCUAUUUAUUUUUAUUUAUACUUUUGUCUCAACUUUCCGUGUGGAAAGCUGAAAUAAAUCUUUGCAACAUAAAAUUAGGGAACUGUGGCCCAUGGCAGCAUUCCUUGCCAUUAUGUCAUGAAACAAGGCCUACCUGGAACGCAGACAUGGUAUCUGGGACACGAAAGUAGAUGUCAGUGUGAGUAUACUUUCCAAGUGCAAACUAGAAUUUUUUCUUGAUUCAUUUUGUCAUUACUUUUCAAAGCUGAAAAUCUGGGACCUUUCAGAACAAUGUGUUACUUUGAAGACAUCUGGGGCGGUCGGGUAGCCCAGUGGUUAAGGCGUUCGCUUGUCACGCCGAAGACCCGGGUUCGAAUCCCGACAUGGGUACAAUGCGUGAAGCCCAUUUCUGGUGUCCCCCGCCGUGAUAAUGCUGGAAUAUUGCUAAAAGCGGCGUAAAACCAAUCUAACUCACAAUUGAAGACAUCUUGUUAGCUUAGCAUGUUUAUGGACCAGGGCCCUGUUCCACAAAGCGAUCUUAGCUAUGGUGGUUUUAAGUCAAUGUUAAAGUGUGGGAGGUAUGUUCAUCUUAGCACUACAACUGUCGUAAGUCGAUGUUAAAGUUGGGAAGUUACGAUUGUCUUAGCGCUGUGACUGUUGUAAGUCGAUGUUUAAGUAAGGGAGUUAUGACGGUCUUCGCUUUGUGGAAUAAUGCCAUGCAAACCAAAAAUGUUACAAAUGUGGAAAAUAACCUGAAGUUUUUUUUUCUUAGUAUCAAUUCUUCAUCUGGUUUAAUAAUGAAAACGAUAGUUGGUAAUAGAGAAAUAAAAGUAACUAUUUGAAGGUUCAUUAAUAUGGACAAGUGUUUCUUUUCAUAUUUGUUUUACCUUUACAAUUAUAUUUUUUAGCUCACUUACCUUAAACUAUUGGUUUUGACCACAGACACUUGUAUUGUGGAAAAUUAGGUGUGUAAACCAAGAGCUAGACCUUUGAUUUCCUGAGGUACAACGUAUGCUAGAAAUAGGUCAGUAUCAGUUCCUGUCUCAAGAAAAGCUGGUUCCCUGGAACUUUCUUGUCGAUCUGGAUUUGUCAACCAGAAUUCUCAUAUUUACCUUGUUCUGCUCAGUGCUUAAUGGCAAGCAUGGCUGGACAUAGUCUCCAAGUCCUCAUCAUGAUGUACAUAAAUUCCUUCAUAUUAUGUUAAUGUUUUUCCCAUCCAUAUACAGCACCAGUCUAUGUAUAUAUUCGUUGCUUACCCCAGUCGGCUGACCUAGUCUCCUUCUGUGGACAGUUGUACUAAAUAUGUUUGUCGGAUACAGCUCAAAAUAAAGAAGAAGCAUAAAA